UACUUGACUUCAGUGUUUGUCAAGCGCCGGAUGAAAUUUACAUUGUAUGGCCGUAAUAGAAGAUUAUUAAGGAAUUUGUUUGAGACACUGUUUGCAUAAAUAUGAACGUCAGAUCGAAAAUUCUUGUGGGAGUCGUUUCAAUAUCAAGUUCUGUAUGUCUUACCACCCUGCUGGAAGUUAAAUAAUGAAUAUCUAUACUAUUUAAACUUUAAUUAUCACAAUUAAAAAGUUGAAUGGAGUUGUAUUGCAACUUGAGUGCAUGUAUGGAAUUUUAGUGCAAUCGAACUAUUUGAUUUGCAUUUAGAUGUGCAUUUGACGCAGUACAAAGACACGUUCAUUAAAUUUAUUCGGAAAAUGGCUUCUCCAAAAAGCCCAGCUGACAGACAGAAAAGACGAAUAAAGGACUUGGAUGAAAAAUGGAAAAUGCUAUUUAACGAGAAACAACGACCACCUUUGUACAGCGUCGAGAAGUAUAUUGAAUAUCUUCGCAAAUUCACAGAAAACCCUUCUACCAAUGAUUCAUCCUAUAGCAAAGGGAGCACAAGGUCAAACAUAUCCACGGGAAGUUCUAGAUCUGGAACCGGUUCAGAACAACAAAUUUCGUAUUUGCUAAAGAAGCUCAAACUGGACUUAAGGAUGUCGUAUGACAGAUUUUUAGAAAAUUUCAUAAGCAGUCCUAAUAACGGUUUAGUACUGCUCCUUACUCUGUUGAAAAACAUUCAGAAAUUUACCAGAGACGACAUGAAAAGAACUGCCAGAGAAAAACUACAAUCGAAAAAACGUGCAAUGAUAGAAGAAUUAGAAUGUGUUAUGUGCAUCAAAUUCUGUCUCCGAUACAGGGAUUCAGUAAAAAUUUUGCUAGAUGUCCCAUAUGGUUUAGAAAAUGUUGCCGAAGCUUUGCUUAGUUCAAAUGUCAUGUCGAGAUGUACUGCACUGGAGGUUAUGAGUAAAGUAUUGAUGGAAGAUGAAGGUUUCCAUAGAGACCUAGAAUGCUUUACUUACUUUCGACUAAAGAACUGUGAACCGGUCAGGUUUAAAUUCCUCAUCAACAUGUUAAUGACGGCUGGUUCCAGUGCAAUACAAGUGUCAUUUCAGCUUUGUUGUAUGAAGUUUAUAAAUUCCCUGCUAACCUCCUCACCUGAUGGUAAUACACGGAUUUUUCUUCAAUCAGAAGUAGAAAGUGCUGGCUUAGAUAUAAAAGCUUUGUUAUCGAGUGUAGAGAUGAAAUCAACAGACGAAAAAGACGAGUUAAGGAAAGAAAUAAAAGAUUACAGGAACAGUCUUUUGGAUGUGGAUCAAUUGUUGGAAUCCCAUGAAACUUUAUACAAAUUAAACAUUGAACUACAGCAAAGGGUGUUUGAACUUCAAGCACAGUUACAGUUAUCACGAAGAUUACAGCAAAAUCAAGAACCAGAUAAUGUUGUCUAUACUAACCUUAAACAGCAAAGUCCUGAACAGGAGACGAUUCAAGGGUUGGAAGAGUUGGAUCAACUACUAGAUUCUAUAGAUUCAGAUAGUGAUCAUUCUUUUAAAGUUCAACAAGAAACAUCCAAUCCUGAUCUGGAGCCACGUGUAAUAAAUCAACCAAUCAUACGCCGGGGAAGCAAUCGCAACUGGCGAAAAUCUGGCCAUCCACUUCCUGUUUUAAAAAGACAAUCUAAAAACAACAUUGUGCCAUUAUCGUACAAAACAUUGAAUUCCGAAAAUAGUGACCCGAAACAUGACUAUAACCAAAACAUUGAACCGAGAACUGAAGGUGGAGAACGGAACAAAACUAACAGUGGAAAAAUAACUUUUAUUGAGAAGACUAGAGCAGACAGAUUUUCGCAAAUACAAAAAGAAAUAGGAUUGCCACCAGAGAUAAUUGUGGAAUGUGUACAGUCGUAUGAUAUAGAGGACAUAGCAACCGAAAAUGUCCAGGCAUUAUUUGAACUUUUGCCAACUGAAAACGAGAUGAGAAAUAUUUUAACCCUUGAAUGCGAUUUAGAAAAUCUUGGAGAAGCAGAACAGUUUCUUGUACAGAUGAUGGCUGUGGAACGCUUAGAAGAAAAGCUAAAUAUCAUGCAAUUUGUGGACCAAUAUCAGAAAACAGUUGAUAGAAAGUAUCAGGAAGUUAGCCAAAUAAAGGAGUGCUGCAAAACCGUUAUCGAAUUUAAACACUUUAAGAGUUUACUUCAGAUAAUAAAAGAUUACAUGGUAGACAAUUUCUACGCUACACCAUUAGACUUUAAAUUAUCAUUUUUAAUAGAAUUGGAUUCAACAUGCCUGGAACCUACUAAAUGGAAUAUUUUGGAGACUAUAGUUGAGGAAAUAUGUAGCACACAUCCACAUUUACUGCACUGGUACAAAGAUAUAUCAUUUGAGAUAGACGAAAAAGUUUCCAUCAAAAGCUUUCAGCCCUUUAUAGAUGAAACAAAACGUGGAAUCACGGCCAUCGAAACGGAACAGUUAAAAUGUCCAUCAGAAGAACUAAGUAAAACUCACUAUUUAGUGUGCAGCCGAUUUAAUUCUUUUUAUGAACAUUUUCAAGAAAUGGACAAACUUUUUAGUGAUGUUUGCGUCCUUUGCAAUGAAAACAAAGAAACAAUAGAACCAGCAGACCUGCUAGCAAACAUAAAUACGUUUGCAGCACGCUUUGAGAAUUUAGUUGAAAAAUUACCUGUCAGAAAAUUAUCAAAGGAUAUUAUUUUGGAGCCACUUCCUGACUACAUGAGUCAACGAGAAACUGCAUUUCAAAAACAAACACAGUCAAAACUGUUUUCUCAAGAAAUAAUAGAAUCGGAUUUGGACACGUUUGGACUGAACGCAACAAAGCCAAUUGACGACAAGGAAAGAAUUAAAAAUUGGAUUGUAAUGACAACACCUUCACAAUAUGUAGAUCCUUGUGUUUUCGUCGAACAAACAUAUUCCGCAAAAAACAAAGACGGUGAGAAGUGGUGUAAAUUAAAACACCAAGACAGUGAUAGCGGGGACAGUGCAUUUGAAGGAUCAGGUGGACGUUGUUUGAAAAAAUAUGUGAUGACGAAAGAAGAAAGUAAACAACAGACAAGUACACCCGUGAUGACAUCUAAUCUUACAAAUGAACCGCCACCUGACUACCCAAGAAGUAACUCACCCGAUCUGGUUGAGAAACAAUAUGAUGACUUAAGUAGUGAGGUGUCACGGAUCCUUCAAGAGUUUGAAGGAGAUCUAAAUGGUUACGAAACCCAUCUAUCUAGUCCUGUAAAUCGCAAAUUUUAUACCAUUAGAUCUAUCAUUCAUUUGUAAAUAGGUUUUGUUCAUUUUCACUAAACAAAGAAAAUACUAUUAAUUUAGCUUUAGCGAAGAAUUUUUAAGGCUGUAAAGGAACAAAAUAUAUAUAAUUUAUACCACUGACAAAAGUAAAAAAAAUAAUAGAAGAACACCUGAAAUUUAACAAGAAAACAGAUUGUAAGACCUAUGUUCAUUGUGACUAUAUAGAGCUAUCAGCUGUUAUUUUUUACUUCGUUUUGGAAAUAUUUGUUUAUCAACUAUUACAUUACUUUAGGUUAUUUAUCAUUAGCAUUCCAGUUUCCUCUACGGGGGAAAACACCAGUUGUUUUUAUCUGAAGUUGAAAUUGUAUUGAUAUAUAUAUACAUUAUCUUGAUAUAAUUGAGCAGUAUAUUACCUCAUGAAAAUAUUAUUAAUUGAAUGUGCAAUAAAUAGACAUAAAUU